AUGGCACAAUUAGUAAUACCGUUGUCGUUCUGCUUCUUGUCGUUGCUCUUCUGUUGCUAUGCUCUGAACUCCCCUGGGAGCAGCAGCAGCAGCAGCAGCAGCAGCAACACCACAGCCGACGAGCUCGCUCUCCUCUCCUUCAAGUCCAUGCUGUCGAGCUCAUCCGAGGGCAAGCUGGAAUCGUGUAACGCGUCGAGCCACUUCUGCAGCUGGGCAGGAGUCUCCUGCAGCCGCCGUCACCCUGGCAGGGUCGUCUCGCUGCUCAUGAACUCCUUCAGCCUCUCUGGCCACAUUUCGCCCUCCCUGGGCAACCUGUCGUUUCUCCGGAAGCUGGACCUUGGUGGCAACCUGCUCGUCGGUGAGAUACCUCCGGAGCUUGGCCGUCUCAGCAGGCUCCUGAGCCUGAACCUGAGCGAGAAUGCCCUCCAGGGAACAAUUCCUGCGACCAUUCCUGGAGGGUGCACCAACCACAUGGCUGGACCUCAGCUUCGAGGUACGAUCCCCUCCCAGAUCGGCACCAGCAUGAAAAAACUUGCCACCUUGUCCCUCUGGAAGAACAAUCUGUCAGGAGAGAUCCCUCUGUCACUGGCAGAGUUGCCAUCAAUCCGGACACUGUUCUUGGAUUCAAACAUGCUAUCUGGUGAGAUUCCACCUGCCUUGGGCAACCUCACCACUGUUAGACGACUAUAUGUUGAGAAGAACAUGCUGUCGGGACAGAUCCCUUCAACUCUAGGCCAGCUGCCCAAUCUGCGGGAACUCCAGGUGGCGUUGAACAAAUUAACUGGAACCAUUCCCAAUUCCAUUUGGAACAUCUCAUCGCUGGGGGUGCUUGAUGUCCAGUAUAACAUGCUAAAUGGCACGAUACCUCCUAAUGCAUUCAGUGCCCUCCCCCAUAUCCAGGUAGUACUGAUGAACAAAAACAUGUUCCAUGGGUACUUCCCGGUCUCUCUGACCAAUGCUUCCAAUAUGUCAAUUAUUCAGCUUGAUGGUAAUUUUUUCAGUGGCGUUGUUUCUCCAGAGAUUGGAAGGUUACAAAAACUCAAAUAUCUUGUUCUCUUUUACAAUCUGUUUGAAGCUAAAGGACCAGAAGAUUGGGAAUUCAUAACCAGACUAACAAAUUGCUCCCAGCUAGAAGAGCUGGAAUUGUCUGGUAAUAACUUUGGGGGAGUUCUUCCUGACUCAAUUUCCAAUCUUUCCACCUCACUAAAUAGUCUCGAGCUUGGGCACAACAAAAUAUCAGGAAGCAUUCCUAAAGAAAUUAGUCAGCUGAUCAACUUGCAGAUUCUUGACAUUUCAAACAACUCAUUCAUUGGAACUCUUCCUUCUUCCUUAGGAAGGCUAAAAAACUUGGCCAUUCUCAGUGUAACACACAACAACUUAAAUGGGUUGGUCCCGUUGACCUUAGAAAACCUUACUGAAUUAACUUAUUUGUGGCUCGAUAUUAAUGCUUUCAGUGGUAGAAUACCAAGUACACUUGGAAACCUGACAAAUUUGUUUUCACUAAGUCUUUCAACUAAUAACUUUAGUGGUCCAAUACCCAGCAAUUUGUUCAACAUCCAAACACUCUCAACGAUGUUUGACCUGUCGCAUAAUAACUUGGAGGGAAUAAUACCACAAGAAAUAGGGAAUCUGAAAAAUCUUAUAGACUUCCGUGCAGAAUCUAACAAACUAUCAGGUGAAAUCCCUAGCACACUUGGUGAAUGCCAACUUCUACAAAAUCUCUAUCUGCAAAACAAUUUCUUACAUGGUACAAUCCCAUCAGACCUAAGUGAGUUGAAAGGUCUUCAAAAUCUUGAUCUCUCAAACAACAAUUUGUUAGGCCCCAUACCUAAGUUCUUGGGGAACAUUACUAUGCUCAAUUCACUAAACCUUUCAUUCAACAAUUUUGUUGGAGAAGUGCCAACUCUUGGUAUUUUCACAAAUGCUUCUAAAAUAUCAAUAGAAGGGAAUGACAAACUUUGUGGUGGCAUACCUAAUCUACAUCUGCCUCCUUGUUCUUCACAAUUACCAAAGAAAAAACAUAAAUUUCUGGUUGUGCCUGUGCUUAUUUCUAUUAUUGGAACACUUGUAAUUCUUGCACUACUCUACAAGCUUCUUACUUGGAACAAGAAAAGCAAAGAAAAUAUCCCUUCAACAAUUUCCAUGCAUGGCCACCCAGUGGUGUCUUAUUCGCAAUUGGUUACAGCAACGGAUAAUUUCUUAACAAACAAUUUACUGGGUUCUGGAUCAUUUGGGUCUGUGUACAAAGGAGAGUUAGAUGAUCAUGCUGGAGAGAGUAUAAAUCUUGUUGCUGUGAAGGUUUUGAAACUUCAAACUCCGAAGGCACUUAAGAGUUUCAUCAUUGAAUGUGAAGCACUACGAAAUAUAAGACAUCGGAAUCUUGUCAAGAUAGUUACAGUUUGCUCAAGCAUUGAUAACAAUGGGAAUGACUUUAAAGCAAUUGUGUAUGACUUCAUGCCUAAUGGUAGUCUGGAUGGCUGGUUACAUCCCAGCACGAAUGACCAACCGGAGCAUGAGCACUUGAACCUGCUCCAAAGAGUGACCAUAUUACUUGAUGUUGCGUAUGCCCUGGAUUAUCUUCAUUGCCAUGGCUCUGCACCUGUUGUACAUUGUGAUAUUAAGUUAAGUAAUGUGCUCUUAGAUGCUGAUAUGGUAGCCCAUGUUGGAGACUUUGGGCUAGCUAGGAUUCUUCUUGACGGAGGUUCAUGUCUUGGAGAAUCAACAAGCUCAAUGGGAUUUAGAGGAACAAUUGGUUAUGCUGCUCCAGAAUAUGGUGCUGGAAACAUGGUAUCAACAAGUGGAGAUAUCUACAGCUAUGGGAUUCUUGUUUUGCAAACUGUAACUGGCCAUAGGCCCACAGAUAGCAAAUUCAGGCAAGGACUGAACCUUCGUGAAUGUGUUGAGCUUGCCCUGCAUAAUAGCGCAAUAGACAUCGUCGACUCAAGCCUUUUCUUGGACCUAGAAAACGAUCUUCAGAGAAACGAUGAUUCUUCAAGAAAGAGGAAGAUCGAUUGUCUGAUUUGCCUUCUUAGGCUGGGAAUGUCUUGCUCUCAGGAAAUGCCAUCAAGCAGAAUGUCAACCGGGUAUAUCAUCAAGGAACUUCUUCCCAUAAAACAAUCACUUUUAGGAGAGUUCUAGUUCUCUUAAAAGUGUUGUGUUUCUCAAUUUUUGUAACAGCUAAAAUAUAAUGAAUUUGAA